GUGCGCUGGCUUCAUGAGGUCCUCGUCUUGCAGGAGGUGGGGACUGGGCGCUGCCAUCAGGCACAGACGGGGACAUGGAUCGCGGUGUUACCCUGGAGAACCCCUACGCCAGCGUGAACAUCCCACGGUCCCAGUUCCAGCAGAGCUUCAUCACUCACUACCUGGAGGACGAACCCACAUCACCCACCGUCAUUGCCAACCCCACCGUCGUGCCUGUGCACAGCACAGAGGAGCAGGCGGGCAGCUGGGACAAGCAGCCCAUUUCCACAGAGAAGUCCUGGUCCCGGCCUUACAAUCCCUAUGCCAGCAUGAAGAUGCCCAAUGGGGAAUCACCCAACUCCUUCUACACUGUCACCCUGGACAAGCCACCCAAGGGCCAUGGGCACGAAGAUGAUGGGAGGAGCGGCUGUCGCAGGUGCUGCCCCUGCUGCAGAAAGUGCUGCUGUGUCAUCUCCUAAGGGUACAGGUGGGAUGUGCAGGGAUGUGGCCACCUGGUCUGGGCACCCUGGUUCGCUGCCCCAUCGCCUUCUCUGGCUGCUGGGAGGUGAUAUCGUCUGGUUUUCACCCAUGAACUGUGCAGCCAGAUGCACCAGUGAUGGACACCUGCAGCAUCCUGAGAACUGAGAAUGGAGCGUGGGAGAGAAGGAUGGAUCUGCUGACCCAACAGAGGCCAAGGGAUCCUGAGGACAGUGUGUGCCAAUGCAGAUGCCACUGAGAAGGGCUCACACUGAAGAUGGUGCUGAGCUGAGGUUCCCACUCUGCCCUGUCUGGGGAACCAUUGUGGAGGGGUCAGGAACGCAUCCCUGGCUGGGUUGGGGACACCCUGCCUUCUCCCAGCAGCGUCCCCAUGCAAUGUCACGGAGUGCUGUAGUGAUGAGCUCAGGGGGUACCACCACUCCUUGCCAUGCUGCUUGCCUGACAGAGGGAAGGAGGCAGGAGAGACAGACAGACAAAGCAGAGCCGAGUGCUGGCAGCACUCUGGAGCAGUGUUGGCACAGUGCAGGUAUUGGGCUGCCAGGACCCUUUGCUGUGCCAUACGAAGCUGCCAGUGCACCAUCCUCAGCCUUCUGCCACUGCUGAGCACUGUGAGCAAUGAGAGCGGGGCCCACUGCCCUCCUUACAGCACGCCGGGGCAGCUCAGCAUUCAGGUCUGGACUGGGGAACAAACCAGCCCUUGUCCUGGGGCAGCUGCGUAAGCACUUGUGGCGGCUGCGGGGAUAGGGCAGGGGCCUGGAAAGAGCGCGGGUGUGAGCGGAUGACUUCAGCGCGCCACAAAUAAAUGACAGCCACCUCC